UGGAUUUAGCAAGCCAAUGGAGGUGCAGUUCACCUUCUCCCCCCUCCCCAGUGUGUGGGCUUUAGAGGGGGGUCAUUAUCCCCUCCAGUUGUGGGGGAGGGGAAUCAGACAGGAGCUGCUGUCCUCUCCACCCAUAGGCUGCUUUAAUGCUGGUAUUGCUUCACUUUUGAGGAAUAACUAGAUUUGCCACCUUAACUUUCUUCCAACAUAAUUUUUUUUAACGCAGUCCCGAGUGGCUGCAGAUCUGACUACCCCAUUAUCCCUGUCUGCCGCUUCUGCCCCACCUGAAUGUCCCCCUCUUCCCUUUGCCCCUUUGCACCCUUUGCGUUAAGUCAGGUGGCUUCCUUCUGGUUGGCAACAUGGGGAACAUUGAGAGCACAGCUGGGACAGUCAGUCAUCCUGUUCUCUGUUUUUGUGCCCAGUGACCCCUGGUCAGCUAGGAGGAACAGUUACAGAAAAAGUUAAGUCCUGUUCAGUCCCAGGCUGGAAUAUGGCCAGUAACCAUGGGAUCAUUGGAGAAUUUAGUUGGUAAACUCUCAAGUCUGUAUUGAGCAUGUGCACACUAUGAUUUUUCAAGGGCAUGUAACUUGGCCAACUUUGUGCAGAUUUUCUCAGGGGCAGUAAAAAGGCAAAUUCCUGUUGUAAGAGAAGCCCCCUUCCAAAUUUCAAGACCCUUUUGCAAAGCAUGUUGGGGCUACACCUUCUAAAACAGUUGCAAGAAAGUUUUAACAAGUGCAAAACAUAUUUUUCCCCAUAAACUCAUUUUAAGAAAUGGCUGAACUGUUUUUACUGAAAUGUUCUAAAAAAAUUAAGCAAGAGGCAGAUACCAUGGAAAAUUUCCAUGCAAAUGUUUGAAUUUAGCAAAAUUAUAAGCAACUAAAACAGGAUCGUCUAGUGGGAUGUGAUAGGAAAUGGAAAGUUUCAGUUUGUAGAGUCUUUCUGUAGCUGUUCUCACAGGCAGCUGGAGCAGGCUGUGUUGGGAGUAUUGUUCUGUUUUAUUGUGGAAAAACUCUUCGGUCAUACAGCAUAUAGUAUCCUGCUGCUUUACUGAAAAUAACUGGCCAUCUUCUAAACAGCAAUACCCAGGAUUAUGUUUCUGUGAGAGUUGAGGAUGAUGUUGAAGCUGUGAUAAUUGAGAAUUCUGAAAUAGAAGAUGCAGAAAAUGGACUGUCCACACAAGACUGCGUGUCAGUGGAACAAAAUGCUCAAGUAAACAGUGAUGAUCACUACAUGACUCAACUUGCAUAUGGAGGGGAAGGUUUGUCGGUAUUGAGUGAGCCAGUGGUGUCACAGAUGAGCCAUUCUACAAAUGUGCAAAGAGAUGGUCAGAAUCCAGAAGAAAUGGAAUAUGUUUUUUUGCAUAAAAGACGACGACUUACCCCGUCUCUGGUGAGAAAUAGCAUGAUAAGAUCCAGGGAAACAGAAUAUGAAGAUGGUGGAAGUGUCAUUUAUGAAUAUGAACCAGAUUAUGAAUGUGGAAGUGUUGUGUCUGAAGCGUCCUACACAGGAGAUCAGCAGAAAACCCUUAUGGAAGUCCUCAACUAUUGUCAGGCCAUGUAUGAUGCCAUUCAGAAGUUGGAUAAGAAAUUUGAUCUGCUUCAUCGAAAGGUUUCAGAAAUGCAGCACACCCGGAUGAAGCCAUUGCUCCUCAAACCUAGGCCCAUUGGAUUUACAUACAGAAGUUCCAAUCAUUUACCCCAUGGAAAAAUUAGAGUACAGAAACCAAUGGAAAGAGAGUCAAGUCUUCAUAUCUCCCCCCCGGGACAAGGAGGGCAUAACCCAUCGAUGAGGGUUAGGCUACAAAAGAGCCAUCUCCAGGCCAACUCUGCAAUAAAACCUGUUCAACAAACUCUUCAGCUUGAAUCACAGCAACCUGUGCUUAGGCAAAGCCCACCCCUACCCACUAUAGUCUCCACUCACUCACUGCAUCCACCAUACACAGUGGCUAACAGGAUCCCUGACCUUCCUCCACAACCAAGUCUUGUAACCACGGUCAUGGAAAGCACUGCCAAUGUAGCAUCUUCAGGGGUGGGUUCCCCAAUGGUGUCGUCGGUGAUGCCAACCCCAUCUGAAACUGGUUUGGGGAGAAACACCAUGAUGAUGAAUUACAGGGCCACACCGGGAAGUGCGAAUAUUAGUAAAGAACUGCCAUCUUCUUCUGUCUCUAUCAAUCCUAGUUUUGAAUAUGUUGGUGACCCAAAGAGAAAUGUAAAGGUUCUUGGAAACUAUUUGAUGAAAGCCCGACAAAAGACCAAACCGAAGUACGCUGCACGUUACCUAGUCCGUGUCUUGUUCCCCAAGGAAACGUUACUGUGUAGCAUUAUGGGUGUCAGUGCCCGGGGGCGCAGAACGUUGGAUCCUAACAAGGUUGCUGCAGUUAGAGAAUUUCUUGCAACUCAUUUCCCAAAUUAUGACCUGAGUGAAUAUGGAAGAGACUGGAAAACCUGUAUCACAAACGUCAAUGCCAUGAUCCGCUGCUUACGCUGUGAAACCAAAAUAAACCCAGAGACUUCUGAAGGGAAGGAGAAACCUGCUGACGCUCCAGACACAUCCAUUUGUGUGGAUUUAAACUAUAAUGGGGAAGACAGUGACAUCAAUUCUCAAUCCUCUCAGAAAAUGACCAGCUCAACAACAAACAGACUUCAGAAUACGACAUGGGAUAAAGUCCCUGAGGUGUUCCAUGCACCUUCAUCCAAUAAACUACAGUCUUUGGAACCAAUGGAACAUCUUGGGAGUCCAUGGCGCAAUGUUCAGUUGCCAUUCUCAGUUAUUUAUGUAGCCAAGGGGAAGUCUCGGCCAGAGUUGUCAGCUCGCUAUCUGAUUCGCCAUCUCUUCACAGAAGAUGUAUUGGUGAAGAGCAAUGUGUAUGGUAAUUUGGAACGUGGCAUGUGUCCACUGGACUGCAACAGGAUCAAUGCUCUCAGAGACUUCCUUCAAGAGAACUACCCAUCCUUUGAUCUAAAGGAAACUGGAUAUGAUUGGAAAGCAUGUGUGGCUGCCAUAAACAGUACAAUCCGCAGUCUUAGACAUGACCAUAAGAAGGCUGCAAUUGGAGUCCGAAAGAAAGUUUUGGCCACACCGCCAUCAAAUGAAAAGAGUCCUUCGCAAAGCCCUACUUCAGUAAAGCCAUAUGAAAGUGACACUAUCAACCUUACAGACUAAAAUGCUACAUGUCUUACAACCAUCUGACAUCUAGCUGCAGUCAUGCUGUAGGUUGUCCAAAAUACUAUACAGAAGUCCAUAUUGUCGGGUUGUCCCCAGCACUAUAUAAUAUACUCCACGAGGCCAAAAUGGCGGAAGACCUGGGGUCCCUCCGUUCUUGAGUCACUGGCACUCAUUCCUAUCAUAGAGAUGCUUUACUCCAUUCACAGUUGGUUGCAUGAUGGGCACUUGUCUGACAAGCACCUACUUUCAGUGAAGUAUUGACCCCAGAAGAGAUCACUUUGCCUUGAGGAAGUACACUGCACAGAAAAGGAAAGAGAAAAUGAUUAUCCCCCGAGCAAAAGAAUAAGGAUUUAAAAGCCUAUCUGGGUCAAGCCUGUUAUGUUUGGGGAGGGAAACUUGUUCUAAUAGCUGGAUAAUAUCGAAAAAAUGUAUAACUUAGAAAGGAGAGUGUGAUUGAUAUUGCACCACUUUAAGUUGUCAGACAUCUCGUUUUCUUCUCCCAUCCUACAGCAGAGAUUUUGUUGUAGGAUAAGGGAAGAUGAGGACAACUACAACAAAUACAAUUGCAGGUAAGUAAUAAUUUUCCUCUUCCUGAUGGUUGGCUCUCGUCUGGAAUGAGUAUUAAGAAAGAAUAUAUAUACAAAAAUAUUCUGGUUUUCUUUUACUCAAUGUAAAGAACAAAAUAUAUCCUUUUGAAGGGAUGAUCAAGGACUAGCAUACCAACAUAACCCACUGUUCCUUGUUUGUUACAUGUCCCCCUCUGUCUAAUCCACUGAAGGUAGGAGUCUGAGCUUCCAGCUAGAGAACUUGGGUCCUGAUCCACCAAUUAAAACAAUGGAAGGCUUUCCAUUGGCUUCAUUGGGCACAGCAUCAAGCCAUUGGUCCUUUAGCUCAAGCUAAAGAGACUCAUGCUUUAGCUCUGUAUGUCCUGGGUCAUGAUUAAGAUGACAAUUGUUACACCUAUCUAGACUCACCUGUAAUAGUCACAACUUUUAGGUUUCUGGGCAGUUUGUGUGAACUAUCAAGCAUAUUUGCUCCGUUUUUUGUAGGUUGUUCGUAAUUAGAAGCAUUUGACAUCCCAACCUUACAAAGUCAAACCCUGAAAGGUGAAAAUGCACUCUCUUUUCAGACAUUGUCUCCAAGAUAGUCAGGAUUGCUGGGCUUUGUUCCUCAGAAAUAGUUACAUAUAUUCCUUUUUUCUUCCCUCCUCCAUAAGAUUUUAUACAUAAUAUGUUAAUAAAGCAUCUUAUUUUGGAAAUUACUUGACUGUAAUAGUCAUCAUAAAUAUGUGAAUAGAAAAUAACUUUCCUUCCAUUUUUUACAUGACUGUAUAUACAUUUAGGCUUAAAUGAAUCAUUUGAAUGGAUUUAUUUUCACUAUAGAUUUUAUGCCAUUAUUGUUUAGUCCUCAAAUUAACAAUUGAAAUAGGUGUUCUUGUUUAUGACCAGCAAACUAUCAUUAUUCUUCAUUAGGAUCCUCCUUGCAAAAUACCAACAGUUUUAGAGUCUAGUCUGUAGGUAUUUCCAGUUACAGAAAUCAGAAAAAUACCAAAAAUGCUUAGAUAUUUUGUCCAGUAUUUGUAGAGAAUUUUUCCACUGUCAUUCGCAGAUGUAAAUGUCAGAAUGGCAUAUUUAUAGACCUAGCUCACAAGCACUGACUUCUGUCAAUGUGAUGUGUACCUCUAUCUUCCAAUUUGAAGAGACCCAAAUAACUGAACAAAAAAUAAUAGUUUCCUCAUAAUUGUACCAAUUUUUGUUAACUUUUGUAAAAUGUAUUUUGUCCUUAGGAAAGAAUAUUUUACAAAUAAAGCUAGAAUAUAUUUGCUCCUU